CAUGCAGAGUCUCUGAUCAGUCAGAAGUGAGACUGAACGGCGCUGACUGCACAACGAGCCCAGUCUGAAACUCUUCGGCAGCUCCGCGCAGUGUGUGUAUGGGACGCAAUCUUCCCAGACACCAGGCCAGCUCACUCCUCACACCCCCUCGCCUCGUACCGACUCCCCAGGCGGUAGACAGCAACGCUGCGGCGGCUCGGCCCAUCUGCUUUGCAGGAUGUAUCAAAAAACUGUCAUCCUUCUAUUUCUGAUGGGGAUGUUAAUGGUGGCGGUGGAGAUGAAGAAAAAUCGUCCUCCAGGAGCCAUCCCACCCCUUUACAAGGGAAGCACUAACAGCUCAGAGAAACGCACACAUCGGAGGCAGGACGUUCUAGCUUCCAGUCAAGAGGCGCUGGUGGUAACAGAGAGAAAGUACUUGAAGAGUGAUUGGUGCAAAACCCAGCCCCUUAGACAGACCAUCAACGAGGAUGGUUGUGUGAGCCGAACUGUCAUCAACAGAUUCUGCUACGGACAGUGCAACUCCUUCUACAUCCCCAGGCAUGUCAAAAGGGAUCAAGAAUCCUUCCAGUCCUGCGCCUUCUGUAAACCACAAAAAUUUACUACCCUGACUGUCAAACUGAACUGCCCUGACCUGCAGCCUCCCUUCAGACAUAAGAAAAUCCAACGAGUCAAGCAGUGCAAAUGUAUAUCAGUAAAUGUGAAUGACUGGAGCAAGCAGUGAGAUAAGAUAAACAAUCACAGUCUCUCCAGUCUGUAGGAAGUACUCCCAACUCUCAAUGCUGCCAUCAGAUAGAUACCCAUAGAAAGCAAGCACGGUACAAAACCUGCCCUCAUGUGCGAGUAUGUUUUUAGUUUUGCGUGGCUAACCUUGAGCGGGGAGUUUUGAAUUGGGCACACCGGCACUCAAAAUUGGAUGUCAAUAACUUUUUUUGCAUAAAUGGGUGUAAAAUUCUUUUGAAGAAAUUUUCUUUAAACAUUGAAUUCUAAUAUUAAAAGCUUCCCAGUCACAGACUCCACAAAUAGUCGAAACACAGUCUUUAUUCUACAGACACUAUUCUGUCUUUAAAGUUUUUUUUAAACAGUCUGGACAUUUUCACUUUUAGUUUACUCACUGCUGUCGCCUGCUAUAUGAUAUGGAUAUGGUGCCAAAACAGAUAGGAGACUUUUUGAUGGUUCACUGCAGAUAAGAGAAUUUGAACCGCUUAGACUGUGGACAGACAAGAAAUGCGCUCCUUGGAAGCACAAAGAUAGAGACUGGGAUUGAGCCGGCACUCUGCACCUCUGGACUGCUAGAAAUCCAAACUUUCAGCGAUGUUUUAUAUGGGAAUAUUCUGAUCAACCUGCAUUGAAGAAUAUAGUAUAUAUUUAAUUAUUCCAAACAUUGUUUAAUUAUUGCUGUCCUUUUUUUCUGCCUUCUAUAUUUCAGUACUCAUGACCAUAUGUUUUGUACAUGCACGUAUGAAUUAAUGGCACUUUUCCAACAUCAUCCCAUUGAAGCUGAACAUAGCAAAGGCACUAAAAGUCGUCGGAUUAUAUUUUCCUUUCUUUUUUAAACGAUUAUUGUUAAUAUAUGAUGAAAGUGUAAAUUAGUAGUUAUUGAUGUAUAUUCUUUAUUUUAUCUUUGGUAAGUUGCAUGUAGACAGUAUUUUGUUCUGACAAUUCAGAAGUGCCAGUGAUCCAUAUUUUGGAAGUCUCACUAAUACUCCCCUGUAAUGAAAUGCAGUGAGUCUGGUGUAUGAUUAUGCUGUGUAUAGUACCACGUAGAAAUGCCAGUGGAAAUAUAACCAUUACAAUGUCAUUAUAUUACUUAAGGGUAAAGUUAUUGCCAUGAACAUUUUUACUCAUUUAAGACCUCCCAGUGAAGUGUAAAUAUACCAAAUAUAACUGCAAAUUAAACAGAACAUUUGGGAAAAUUGCUAUUCUACAGAUGAAGUGAUUUUAAGCACUUGGCAUCCAAAUCUCGGACUCAAAAGACACAAAGAGCAAAGUUACUUAUAAUUGAAUAGUUUGGUUGGUUGAUAGACAAAAGCAUUUUUCACUGUCCACUGCAUCAAUCAUCAUUCAAAUAGUUUUGCAGUGUGGCUGCAUUUCUUAGAGCUAUACUUUGCUUAAGUCUGCUUAGCAAUUGAAUGCUGCAUGAACAUACAACAUACAAAGUGCUAGACCCGAGCAGACUUACUGACUGAGAUUUUGGGAUGAUACCGAUGAUUUCGUUCUAUUGACGGUGAUAGAUUGAAUGUUAAACUUUGGUCAUUUGCAAUGCUGAUGGCUCACCAAACCCAAAUGUGACCCACAAGUUCUCAGACAGAGUGCAGUUUUUCAAUAAUUUAAAUGUAAUCUGUGCAUCCAGUCUUCUUUGCUGGAUCCAGACCUUCUUCAUCCAGACUGUGCAAUUCUGCUCCAUUUAUUUUAACUGUACCGUAGACAAUGUUACUUCAUCCAACUGCACAAACAGCUAUGAAUUUAAAAAGUUUUAUUUCAUUUGAUUUAUGACAUUUUUAAAGCACUUUGUCUUGGUCACCAGAAGUCUAUUUUCCUUUUUUAAGUUGUGAGCAGAGAAUAAGGAAUUCGCCUGGGAGCUGGACAUUCAUCUCAUGCAGUCAACUGAUAUUAUUUGUGAUUUGCCAGCAUGCAUUCAGUUCUGGUAAUUUCUCUUCUCCAUGAUGGGGGAGCUGGUCCUGUAAUUUUACAACCAACCUGGAACUACUUAAUGAGAAAUUUCCUUUUAGUUUCUUGAAUUACUUACGAUAGCUUUCUUAGCUAUGGGAUGAAGACAGUAGCAUUACAGCAUUGUAGAUCUCUAUUUUAGUAUGCACAUUUGACAACGUAUUAGCCUGCCAGCUCUAUUAAUGUAUCAUUGCACAAGGUGUCACUCAGGUAGAUAAACUGUGUUACCGAAUGCAGUAUAAGUAGUCAUAAUUUACCUGGAGAGUGGAGGUCAAGCAUUCUGAAUCUCACAUCAAUAAAUCAUUUCCAUUGAGUAGUAACCUAAAUGACUCAUUUAGGCCAACAAUGAAGAGAACUGAAGUACUCCUGUGGUUCCCCAGUCUGACAGUCCUUUCCAUCCGUAUAGAAUAACAAUACAUGUAUCCUUCAAAUAUUACAGACAACUUAAUAUUCAAAUAGUAAGAAAUUUGAUAAUCCCUGUCACCACAUUUAAAUGCCCAUUAAUCACAUCUAACACCUGAACCCAGUAAGUAUUGAGCAAACUGUUCUGUUUGAUACAUUCAAACUGCUAUGUCACUGAGGUUUGUCCUAACGAUGCAAUGUUCCUAUCAGGGAUCCUGAUGUAGAAAAGCAGUUGCCUUGUAUUGGUUAGACGAACUUCCAAAGUUCCAUGGAUAUUAUCAAAAUGAAGAAAUGCUAUGAA